CUAUUUGCCGGAGAGGAUCGCGGGCUUAUCGGUUCCGACGCGGUUUCGAGAAGGCCGCACCUCCCGGGCCUGUCGGGGUCGCGCAGAGGCCUUGCGCUUGUUCGGAUUCUGUGGCAGCGCGAUGGCAGGUGUCGCGGGGCGUCCAGUUCGCGUUGUCCUCGUGACUGGUUCCAGUGGCUUCCUGGGCCAGCAUAUCGUCAGGCUUCUGCAGGAAGACCAGCCCACGGUCAAGGAAAUUCGACUCAUGGAUAUCAGGCCGUUCGAGAACCAUCUGGGGCACCGAACCGACAAGCCGAUGAGGGAGACCGUGGGCAGCGUCUGCGACGUCGAGACAGUGAUGAAGGCCUUCACCGGAGUGGACUGCGUCAUCCACUGCGCGUCCCUCAUUGACGUCCGCUUUUUCAAGGACGUCAAAGCUAUGGAAGCGGUCAACGUGCAAGGCACCCAGAACGUGAUCGAAGCCUGCAUCCUGCAAAAGGUACCGCACCUGGUAUUCACUGGAAGCGUAACCGCCGAAGGCGCGUGCAGCACAGGAGCCGCCGCUGCCGACCACUGCUACCCGGGUCCGUACCCCAAAACAAAGCUCAUGGCGGAGAAGCUGGUACUGGCGGCCAACGGACGUUUCCUGGCCGAUGGGCAGACUCAGCUGCGCACAGUGGUUCUUCGACAGCUGCCUCUAUACGGCGAGCAGGAGAAGAUAAACUUCACUCAAUUCCUACGGGUGUCCAAAGUGACCAGGGGGACCUUUCUACGGAUUGGCACUCCACGCCUGCAGACAACGUACGUCGGCAACGCGGCGGCAGCGCAUCUACACGCCAUGCAUCGGCUCUCCCGUGACGCCGACGUCUCCGGGCAGGCCUUCACGGUCACGGACGAUACACCCACGGACGGCAUCCAGUUCAUGCUGCCUUUCGCCAGGAGCAGGGGGCUUGCGGUGUCGCGUUUCGCGGUACCUUACAGCGUUGCCCUCGCCAUCAGCGUGCUCGUUAUGCUAGUCUUGACGCUCCUGCGCCCCCUGUACAACCCCACGUUCCAGGUGGCGUCUCCUUCUGACGUCCGCUACGUCUACAGGGCGCCCUUCUUUGACGGAUCUCGCGCCAGGACAGUGCUGGGCUUCCAGCCGCGGUUUUCGGUUGAGGAUGCCUUGCGCAUGUCCAUGCCCUACUACCGGGAAGUCCAGCUUUAAGCCCAAAUUGAACAUAGAGUUACGAAAUAUUCCCGAAACAGUGAAAGUACCGAGCUUCUCCUGACAGCCAUUGACCUAGCACCGAUGUCAUUUCGCUGAGAAUGGCUCAUGUGCUCAAUUUAUACACUGUAAUAAAAAGAAUAUGUGAAAGUUUUUUUUGGGUUUCGCCGUUGCAAUAAACUCGGGCAGUUGAA